GUUCAUGGCCCCUCCGGACUCGGCCCCUGCGCCGGGGGCCCGGGCCCAGCCCCGCCGCGCUAUGCCUGAGUCGGGCGCGCCCCGGCCCGUGCCCCGCCGCCGCCCCCCGGCCCCCGCGUCGCCCCGGAGCCCGGGCCGCAGCCUGCACCGCCCGCAGCUGCCCUGAGCCCGGCCCCGCCGACUGGCCCUUGGAGACCGAACGCUGCUCGGGGACGAAGGCGCAGGAAGCGCGCGGGGAACGAGACCGAAGGAAAGAGCGAGAAGGAGAGCGCAGCCGCCGCCCGGCCCUGCGCGCCCCGGGAGCGCCGUGCGGCCCUGCCCGCGGGCUCCGGGUGUGCGCGGGGCGGCGCCGCGGAACAUGACGGCGCCCUGGGCGGCACUCGCCCUCCUCUGGGGAUCGCUGUGCGCGGGCUCUGGGCGUGGGGAGGCUGAGACACGGGAGUGCAUCUACUACAACGCCAACUGGGAGCUGGAGCGCACCAACCAGAGCGGCCUGGAGCACUGCGAGGGCGAGCAGGACAAGCGGCUGCACUGCUACGCCUCCUGGCGCAACAGCUCUGGCACCAUCGAGCUUGUGAAGAAGGGCUGCUGGCUGGACGACUUCAACUGCUACGACAGGCAGGAGUGUGUGGCCACUGAGGAGAACCCCCAGGUGUACUUCUGCUGCUGUGAAGGCAACUUCUGCAACGAGCGCUUCACUCAUUUGCCAGAGGCUGGGGGCCCGGAAGUCACGUACGAGCCACCCUCGACAGCCCCCACCUUGCUAACGGUGCUGGCCUACUCACUGCUGCCCGUCGGGGGCCUUUCCCUCAUCGUCCUGCUGGCCUUCUGGAUGUACCGGCAUCGCAAGCCCCCCUACGGCCACGUGGACAUCCAUGAGGACCCUGGGCCUCCACCCCCAUCCCCUCUGGUGGGCCUGAAGCCACUGCAGCUUCUGGAGAUCAAGGCUCGGGGGCGCUUUGGCUGUGUCUGGAAGGCCCAGCUCAUGAAUGACUUUGUAGCUGUCAAGAUCUUUCCGCUCCAGGACAAGAAGUCGUGGCAGAGUGAGCGGGAGAUCUUCAGCACACCUGGCAUGAAGCAUGAGAACCUGCUACAGUUCAUUGCUGCUGAGAAGCGAGGCUCCAACCUUGAAGUAGAGCUGUGGCUCAUCACGGCCUUCCAUGACAAGGGCUCCCUCACAGAUUACCUCAAGGGGAAUAUCAUCACAUGGAAUGAACUGUGUCACGUAGCAGAGACGAUGUCACGAGGCCUGUCAUACCUGCAUGAGGACGUGCCCUGGUGCCGUGGCGAGGGUCACAAGCCGUCUAUUGCCCACAGGGACUUUAAAAGCAAGAAUGUAUUGCUGAAGAGCGACCUCACAGCCGUGCUGGCUGACUUUGGCCUGGCUGUUCGAUUUGAGCCAGGGAAACCUCCAGGGGAUACCCAUGGACAGGUAGGUACGAGACGGUACAUGGCUCCUGAGGUGCUCGAGGGAGCCAUCAACUUCCAGAGAGAUGCCUUCCUGCGCAUUGACAUGUAUGCCAUGGGGCUGGUGCUGUGGGAGCUUGUGUCUCGAUGCAAGGCUGCAGAUGGACCUGUGGAUGAGUACAUGCUGCCCUUUGAGGAAGAAAUUGGCCAGCACCCUUCAUUGGAGGAGCUGCAGGAGGUGGUGGUGCACAAGAAGAUGAGGCCCACCAUUAAGGAUCACUGGUUGAAACAUCCGGGCCUGGCCCAGCUCUGCGUGACCAUCGAGGAGUGCUGGGACCAUGAUGCAGAGGCUCGCUUGUCCGCGGGCUGCGUGGAGGAGCGGGUGUCCCUGAUUCGGAGGUCGGUCAACGGCACUAGCUCGUUUCCCUGGUGACCUCUGUCACCAAGGUGCACCUGCCCCCUAAAGAAUCAAGCGUCUAAGCCCAGGACGUGAGUGUCUGUCCAGACUCAGUGGAUCUGAAGAAAAAAGGAAAAAAAAGUUGUGUUUUGUUUUGGAAAUCCCAUAAAACCAACAAACACAUAAAAUGCA